GCAAACCUAGCCUCCCCCCCCCCCCCCCCCCGCAGCCAAAAAAAAAGCAAAGCGGGAGGCUCCCGCACCCCAAUAACCCCCAGCCUGGGGCGCCGGCAAGCGGGGGCUGCGCUUUGCGCCCUUUUUCUUUUUUGAAUCCGAUUUUCUCCUUUCUCCCCGCACCCCCCCGAGCCCACAACACCCCCCUCCGAGCCCCCCGGAGGGGGCCAAGCGGGAAGCGAGCUCCGCCCGCCCCCCCAUCCUCCCCCCCCCCCAGGCUCCCCAUCCCAUCCCAUCCCGCAGCAUCCUAACCCCGGCGCGAUGCUGCUGCGGCUCCUGGUGCUGCUGGGCGCCUGCCCGGGGCUGUCGCGGUGCCUGGGCUCCUUCGUGCAGUGCGAGCCUUGCGACGGCAAAGCUCUGUCCCUCUGCCCUCCUCCUCCCUUGGGCUGUGAGCUGGUGAAGGAGCCGGGCUGCGGCUGCUGCCUCACCUGCGCCCUGCCCGCCGGGCAGCCCUGCGGCGUCUACACCGAGCGCUGCGCCCGGGGGCUCCGCUGCCUCCCCCGGCAGGGCGAGGAGAAGCCGCUGCACGCCCUGCUCCACGGCACCGCCGUCUGCCUGAGCGAGAAGAGCUACCGCGAGCAAGCCAAGGCCGAACGGGAGUCCCGUGAACACGAGGAGCCGACCACGUCGGAGAUGACGGAGGAGACCUACCCGCCCAAGGCCUACCGGCCCAAGCACGGCCGCCUCUCCGAGCUCAAAGCCGAGGCCCUGAAGAAGGACCGCAGGAAGAAGCUGACCCUGGCCAAGUUUGUGGGCAUGGCGGAGAACACGGCACAUCCCCGCGUCGUCAUCCCCGAGCUCCGGCAAGAGUUUGAGCUGGGCCCUUGCCGCAGGCACAUGGAGGCCUCCCUGCAGGAGCUGAAGAGCAGCCAGCGGAUGGUGCCCCGUGCCGUCCACCUCCCCAACUGCGACCGAAAGGGCUUCUACAAGAGGAAGCAGUGCAAGCCCUCCCGAGGCCGAAAGCGUGGGCUGUGUUGGUGCGUGGACAAAUACGGCAUGAAGCUGCCGGGGACUGACUACCUGAGCGGAGACCUGCAGUGUCACGCGUUUGACAGCAGCAACGUGGAGUGAAGUCGCAUCCCCUCCCUCCGCCCCAUCACCACCCACCCAGGCUCCCUCCCACCCUCCCCUCCACACCUCCCCGCACCCCGGGACUCCGAUUCCUUUCAUCUCAUGUAAGAAGAAAAAAAAAAGAGAGGAAAAGAAAAAAGAGAAAGAAAGGCACAGAAAACAAAAAAAUAUAAAUAAGGGAUAAGGAAAAG